AUGGGUUCUUGCGUUAACAGGCCCAAACCGUAGCCUUAAGCUUAAGUUUAAUCGUCUAAACUAAUGUCAGGAGUUUUAACUAAAUAGGAAUAGUUGCUGUUUAAAAAUUCAAAAAAUAGCACUCUAAAAUUUAAUGUUAAAAUAUCAAAUAUAAAAGCGAAGAAUCUUCCUGUGAAUGAAUCAUAGGUCAUGAUUAUAUUUGCCAGUAUAAAAAACAAAAUAAAAACUGGGCUUAUGAGAGAUACCAAAAAUCCGCAUUGGAAAAUUAACGAAGAAUUCGAUUUUAUUUGUGAAGCUGAUAAGAUGAAGAGUCUUCUUUUUGAUAUGUUCGUGCAAGAUGAAGUAGGAAAUGUUAUUUCUAAAAUAACUUUAACCCUCUACCAAAUAGCUACUGGUCCUGUUCAUAAUGAUUUCUUACUUAAUACUUAAGAUCUUACAAGAAAAGGUAGAAUAACUUUUGAUAUAAGAAUGGCAUAGUUUGUCACAAUGAAUAUAUCUUGUAAAAAUAUGAUUUGUACUAUGGAUGAAAAUCUGUAAGAUAAAGCCUACAACUUCAACCUCAAAGUCAAAUCACAUAAUUAAGAUUAUGAAAGCGACCAUUCACCAAAUUUUAUAAAUCCGACUUAUGCUUUUUCUCAUAUUCCUCUGUCUGAAGAGGAAAAAGUAUGCAAUAAUAAAAAAUAAUUAAAUAAAAACGAAGUAGAAGAGACUGGAAUUGAUGUAGCAGAUGAGGGAGAAAAUUUUAAUAUGACUGAAACUUAAGAAUUUGCUUAAAGAAAAGCUAUUCCUAAAUCUAUACCAACAAAGAAGAAACAAAAAGAUAAAAAACGGACAGUAAUUGUUGAUGUCUUAAAAGGAAAAGAUAGUUUUGGUGUUAAGGAUAGUGCAAAAAACAUUGCAUCAACUGAAUCAUUUAAAUUAAAAGGUGUAAAAAUGUAACUUGGUAAAAGCGGGUUUUCAAAUAUCCCUUCAUCAAGCUUUAAAAAAGAUGGAAUAUUAUUGAGUGAUUCCAACAUUAUAUAUCAACAAUAAUAAGUAGAUACUUCUCAUUUUAAUUCUACUUUCGAAUAGCUUUUAGGCCAUAAAGAGGCAUCUUGGGAAUUCGUUGAUUAGCAUGAUCAAUUUACUCCAGCUAUUGAUUUUGAAAUUUUAGCAGAUGAAUUCUCUUAAUCAUCUUUUGAACUAUUAUUUUGGGCUGUUACUAACCCAGAAAUUGAAAACGACGUUUUCUCUAAUACCUAAUAACAAGAUUAAAAUGGAAAAGCAAGUGGAAUAAUGAGUAAAUCAAGCUUUAGAAAAUCUGGAAUAAUUAGAAUUCAAAGUAAUGUUUCUGGUGGUGGUGGAGGAGGAAAAGAAGAUAAAAAUAAUGAAAUAUAUGUUGAUUACAAAAUGCUCGGUAAUGGGUAUGUUUCAAUGAUUAGAUUUUUAUCACAAGAUGUGGGAAUUAAAAUAGAAAGAGAUUAAGUAAUUAUCAGUGAAAUCAGCAUUGUUGAUAUGAAAAUAUGGAAUCAAGGUAAGUAAGUAGGUACUUGGAAAGGAUAAUUUAUUGUUACAAACUAGCCUUUCAUUAGACAAUUAGUUGGUGGUGUUAGAACUGAAAACGGAGUUACAAAAGCAACACAACUUUAUAUAUAAAAAGAAAAUUUAACAACAUAACAAUCUAUUCCAAGAGAAUUUAAAAAUAUUAUGUAAUGUAAACUAUAAAUUGAAGAAAAUAUAAUCAAGCUCUAUGAUAAGAGCAUAACAUUAAGAGAAAGAUACAAAAUUAAUGAUGAAAUAAAAGCUCAACUUAAGAGAAUUAUUUAGUAUUUGCAUGUUCAUUCUUCAGCAGAAUCUCCCAACCUCUACAAGAAUGAAGAGGAGUUAGUUCGUGCUUAAAGUAUAUUAAUCGAAGUAGCAAAGCAUUUGCUUGAGUAUGCAGACUAGGUGGACGAAAUACUUAGAGAAUUGUAUUAUGAAACUCUUAUUUUGAUAAAUAAUAGAGAGGAAUUAGAUCUUAGCUAUAUGGGUUUUGAUCGAGAUUAAAAAGAAUAAUUAUUCAAAGAAAUUAUGUAAAUAGGUGAUAUUAAGAAAAUGGAAAUUGAUGAAAAUUAACCAAUAAAGGCAAAAAAAAUUAGAAUAUGCCUAGCUUAUGAAAGUUUUUUAUAUCAUACUUUAGAAAAAGUUCUUUAAAAAUUAGAUUAAAAAGGAUUUAAUGACAAAGAAAGGCAAUUUGUUGAAAAUUUUAGUGCUUUAGCUUUUUUCCGUAUUCCAGCUUUUAGGGAAAAGCUAAUAGCAUGCAUUCUUGAUAUUGAAUAAAAUCUACAUUAAAUGAAAGACAUAGAUAAUUGGGUAUAAGAUUAAAUCAUCAUUGAUGAAGCUUAAGCUGAUAAAAAAAAUAAAUUUCUUAUGAGUUUAUUUGAAUGGGAAUAGGAUUUUUAUAGGUAUUUGUAAAAUUAGUCUAAUCAUAUAGAGCACAAAGAUUACUUGAAAAAAACGCUUGAGAGGCAAAACUGGUAAAAAAGAUUCUAAAAGAAAGGACUAGCAUUCUUUUUAUUUGUAGGAGAGUGGUGUUAGUACAUAUAAAAAUUACCAAAUAACUAUUCAACUUUAACAUGGAGUUUUGUACCAGGAUUUGUUGAUAUACUUAGAGCAUUCUUGUAUGAGAUUUAAAAAAGAGAUACUAAAAGCUAUCCAGAAGCAUUAAAAACUACAUCUUUUAGCUUAUUACAACAUGAUGAAAUUAUUAACAUCUAUCUUCGAAUCAUAUAUGCUAAAACAAAUAUUUAUGAUUCAACAAAUGUAUUUAAUGCCUUUGAGAUGAUUGAUUAGUGGUUUAAAAAGAUGCAAGAAAUGCAAAAGAGACUCCCUGUUAAUUUUGAUUAUGCAUUCUUUUUUAGGGGUAUAAAGUUAGUGCUGGAAGGAGAUCAUGCAGUUUCUAUAUCAAAAACAUUAUGGCUUUUGACUAAUUGCUUUUAAUUACUUCCAAUAAUUUAAAAAAGAGACAUUUUAAAAGUCAUAUUUUCUAAUAUGUUUUUUAAGCUUUUUAUGCACUGGUCUCCUAACGUAAGAGGUAUAUUUCACAAUUUCUUGCUGUAUAGAGUAAAUCAUUUGCAUAGAUCUCAUAAAACUUAAAACAAGCUUGAUGCUCUUAAGAAAGAUUUUAUGAUGAUCAGCUAAAAAAAGUAGAUAAAAAACUAAGAAGAAAUGAAUAACAUUAUGAAUGAAAUGAUUUAUUCUGAUUACACUCGAAUGAUAGCUAUUUUAGAAGAGGCAAAUAAAAGAUUAACAAAAUAACUUAAGAAAAACGAAUUGCUUAUGGCUGUUAAAAAGAAUGCUAAAACCCUUAAAAUGAAGUAUUUCCAUAAAAAAAAUCAAAUGAAGAAAAAAUAUAUAAGAGAUAAGCUGAAAGAAGAAGGAUAGCACAGUGAGGCAGGAUUAAAUAAUUCUGUCAUAGAGUCUUUAGAUCUAUCCAUUAUAACCAGAAAAGAUUCCAUUCAUUCAAUGUAGUCCAUAGGUAGACAAGAAAGCAAUUUUUCUGGAUUAGAAUUUUUAAAAUCAUAAAAAGAUGAUGAAAAAUCGGACCAAAAUAAAGAGGAGGAGAAUAAUAGUGAUCAAGAGUAAAGUAACAACAGUAUAGAUAGUAUUUCUAAUUUAGAAAGCAUUUUAAGUGAUUUAAAUAAUCUCAGCGAAGAAGAUAAUAAAAAGAAGAAAUUAAAUUAAAAGAGUAAAGUUGCAAGAAGGAAUUCUUUGAAUGCUAUUACUCGUAAAGCUUCUGAUAUAGAAAAUAAUAAUAAUAACAACAACUUUUUGAAUGUGGAUAAUCAAGAACUAAAACCUAUUUCUAGAAAUUAAACAACAAUUAGUAAAAAUAAUAAAAAAGAAAUAGAAAAAAUACUUUAAAAUGAAAUUAAACAGAAAUAAAAGAUACUUUUGAAAAAGUAAGUAUAAAAAAAAUACCCUCACUAGUAAGGUAAUAAAGGUGGUAUUAAAGUAUAUAGAAGGUAUAGAGACUAAGAUGAGAAUUAAGAAAAAUUAAGAAUACCUAAAGAUUUUCUCAAGUAUCUUCCUGAAUCAUGGGAGGAAUUCGAUAAAUCUAAAAAAGAGUAUAAUAAAUGGAUAUAGAACUGGUACAAAGAACUCUAUUCUAAUGAAGAUUUAACUGAAGAAGAAGUUUUAUAAAAAAUUUUAACUUUAAAUAUCCCAGAAAUUAGUGUUAAAAUUCCUAAGGAUGAAUCUGAAGGCUAGGGUACUUAUGGUACAAAUUAGGAAAACGACUGGUGA